UAACUACCAUUAAUUGUGAGAUAACCUAGUCCAGUGUAUUGGUUUAAAUAAUGCAUGUAACCACAGCAGUGCUUUAGCCAACGAUAAAUCCACGGUAAUCACCACUAAAAAGGCAGCUGCAGCUUCAGUAUCUCGAAAACCGCCGUCGCGCUUGGAGGUCUCUAUCAGAGAAACUGCGUUCCGCAUUCUGGUGAAUGAAUUGCUAAUUUUAUUAUCUACGGAAGUCUGGUGGAAGGCAGUCGGAUCCCCAAGUUCCGCGAGAGAUAGCUACCGAGCCGGGAACUGCCCAGAAUGCCCCGCUCCGAUACCGAGGCCCUGGUGGCCGAUGUGGAGACUGGAGAAGAUUCGGCGCCACGUAUUCUGGACGCCUCUUCUGCGGUGGCCGGUGACCAGGAGCAGGUGGACCCGCCUCCAGUUCCGCCGCCUCAUGACUACAACAGCUACCGCUGGUUCAUCCUGGAGCCCGCAGUUUUUCUCAUCUUCUUCGCUAGAUACUUAAUCGGGGCGGUUUAUCAAAAUCAAAUCCUCUACCAGACCUGCGUCACCAUCGAGAAAUUCAAUGCCACGCAAUGUGAGCCGUUGCUGGGCAUCGAUCGCGGAUCGGCCGCGGAUAAAGAAGUCGAGGUGAUAGUACAGACCUAUUCGGCGAAUAUCAUGAUGACAACCUCAUUGCUCGAGAGCAUAAUACCAGCCUUUGCGAGUCUGUUUCUGGGACCCUGGUCCGACAAGUUCGGCAGGCGACCCAUCCUGCUGACCACUUUUACGGGUUACCUCUCUGGCGCUCUCAUACUGAUAGUUAUUACCUAUAUAACCAGAUCCACAAACAUUAGCCCUUGGUGGUUCCUUCUAUCCUCUGUACCUUCGGUCUUGAGCGGUGGAACUUGCGCUUUGAUCACGGGAAUCUAUUGCUACAUAUCCGAUGUGGCCAAGGAGCGAAAGAAGGCUUUAAGAAUGGUUCUCAAUGAGGCCUCCCUGUGCGCUGGCAUGAUGGUGGGUAAUGUGGCCAGUGGAUACAUCUAUGCCGCUACGAAUGCCUUAGUUCUUUUCUCCAUAGCUGGAUGCCUGAUGAUGCUUGCCCUGAUGUAUGUCUUUUUGUUUGUGCCAGAGAGCCUAAACCCCGCCGAUAUACACACGGGAUCGCGUAUCCGUGAGUUCUUCCGUUUUGAUUUGGUCAAGGAUUUGAUUCGCACCUGCUUCAAAAGGCGACCCAACUUUGAUCGCGCCAUCAUCUGGCUUACUAUGAUUGCCCUGACGAUAGCCAUCUUCGAUAUGGAGGGCGAGGGCACUGUCAACUACAUGUUCAUGCAGGAUCAGUUCAACUGGACCAUCAAGGACUUCAGCCUGUUCAACGCAUCCCGCAUUGUGAUCCAGAUUAUUGGCAGCAUCGUCGGCAUGGUGGUACUGCGAAGGUUCCUGAAGAUGUCCAUCGUGACAAUGGCCAUGCUUUCGCUGGCCUGCUGCGUCCUGGAGAGCACGGUGCGAGCCACGGCAGUCUACUGGCAGGAGAUGUACCUGGGCAUGACACUGGGAAUGAUGCGGGGCGUCAUGGGCCCCAUGUGCCGUGCGAUUCUGUCGCACGUUGCGCCCGCCACGGAAGUGGGCAAGAUUUUCGCUCUGACCACGUCCAUGGAAUCGGUGUCGCCACUCGGAGCUGCUCCUCUGUACACAACCGUCUACAAAGCAACGUUGGAAUUCUACCCCGGAGCUUUCAACUUCAUCAGCGCCGUUCUAUACUUUGUUUGCUACAUUCUGAUAGCUGUGAUUUUCGGAAUCCAGAAGUCGAUGGGCAGCAGCAGUAUCUACCAGGCUAUUGGCAGUUAGCCAGCCACCCCGCGCUCCGAUUUAGCUGAAUGUAUCUCAUAAGUUAAGUUCCUCCUGCAAGUGCUGGGAAAGAGCUCUCAUUUUCGACGAUUAGCCACUAUUUUUGUAAAUUAAUCUAGUGUUUGUACUCCUUGUAUUUGUGCAAGUAUUAUUAUGAGUUUUAUUCGUAUGCAUGUAUGUAUCUGAUAUCUGGACUGUGUUUCGCAUGUGCAAACAUUGUAAAGUUAAGAUGAAAAGAUUCAACUGUUUUCAGUUUUUAACGAGACAAUAAAAUGUAAAUAAACCGAA